AUGUUGUUGACAGGCGGAUCACCAGCACUAGAGCUAGCAGACUCCGUCACCGGUGCCAAAGACCUCAGACCUACAUCCUCGCACUUCCUCUUCGAGACAGCCGCCGUGGUUACCUUCUUCAGUCUCCCCAACGAAAUCAAAAUUCAGAUCGUCGAGACUACAGCGUCGUAUGACAUCGAGAACUUUGCUCUGUGCUGCGAGCUAGUCCAUGGCCUCGCAGGAGCGACCUUGAGGCAGCAUAAGGUGGACACCGAGUUGUACUCCAGGUUCGAUUCGCCUCGCGUUUGGGACGCGGGAAAUUCGGAGUGUCUAGCAGCCUAUUGGAAAAUCCAGGCUAUAUCAGCGAGCAGAUGUCUUCGACUCUAUCCUAAGAUUGUCAUCGUGGAGAAUUGCACGCUUUCGGACCAAGAUCGCAGAAGAGCUAGGGGGCUCGGAGUACUGAGUGAAGUCAGGCGCAUAUGCGAUGUCAUCUUCAAUGAAUUUGACUCACCAUGUACGGACAAGGAUGAAAUGAAGGCUUGGCACGAUGAAAUCGGCGACGGUGAAGUAGGGGCAGCAAACUGCCUGUUGCUCACUCUGCUUCCGAAUGUUGACCGAUUAUCUGUUGGGGAACUUGACUGUUUCGGCGAAGAGAUGUCAGGUCUGAUAUACAGAAGCUCAAAAGCCAACGAGAAGGUUUCUUCACUGUUCUGA